AUGGCUGCCGACGGACCCAAGCCCGGUUUCUUGGGUAAUCUCAACAAAGACCAGGAGGCCAAACUGCAAAAGCUCUGGGCUGUCCUCCUCAAAGCAGGCGAAACAACCCUCAGUAACGAGCCAACAGGCGCCGCAGAGCAGAAUGUCACACCAACCCAACCGCAAAGACGAUCCUCCCUCCUCGGCCGCACACAAAGCAACGUCUCGGAACCCAUCCCGGUCGCCAAUACACCCUACCAGCAAAACAUCAUGAAAUACCUCACCGCGAUGGGCGCCGACGCCCCCGAGCUAAAGGCAAUCCAGAAAGCGCUCUCUGAAAUAACCCCCACGGAGCUCCGGACCGGAGUCCUCGAUACUUUAAAGCACGACCACCCCGACGCAAUGAUGCUACGAUUCCUCCGCGCUCGUAAAUGGGAUGUGCCCAAGGCCUUUGCCAUGAUGAUGGAAGCGAUCGUGUGGCGAGUAAAGGAAAUGCGCGUGGACGAUGAUGUGAUGUCGAAGGGCGAGCUGCAUGCUCUCAAGCAGACGAAGAAUAAAUCGAGCACGAGUGACCAGAAAGCUGGGGCGGACUUUUUGUCUCAGAUGCGGAUGGGAAAGAGCUAUGUGCAUGGCGUUGAUCGGGUCGGUCGUCCGAUUGUCGUUGUACGAGUGCGCUUGCACAAGCCCGGUGCUCAGACUGAAGAGUCCUUGGAGCGAUACAUUGUUCAUGUUAUUGAGUCGGUGCGAUUGACUCUGGUGUCGCCCGUCGAGACUGCAGCGGUUCUAUUUGAUAUGACUGGCUUCGGGUUGUCGAACAUGGAAUACCCGCCUGUUAAAUUCAUCCUUAAGUGCUUCGAGGCCAAUUACCCAGAAUCACUAGGCAUCAUGCUUAUCCACAAUGCCCCGUGGGUCUUCUCAGGAAUCUGGCGACUGAUCCGAGGCUGGAUGGACCCCGAAAUUGCCGCCAAGGUCCAAUUCACCAACAGCGUUUCCGACCUAGAGAAAUUUAUCCCCAAAGAUCAAAUCGUGAAGGAAAUGGGCGGUGCUGAAGAUUGGUCAUACCAGUACAUUGAGCCGACCGAAGAUGAAAACUCUAGAAUGGAAGAUACGACAACCCGAGAUGCUCUCAAAGCAGAACGAUCGAACAUCGGCGAGGAGUUCCUAGGAGCCACAUCUGCAUGGAUCGAUGCGACGAAAUCCAAGGACACAUCUAAGAUUCAGUCCAGUGAGAGCGAGAGAGACUAUUUGGUUGAGCGACUACGGGUCAAUCACUGGAAGCUCGAUCCCUAUGUUCGCGCUCGUCUCUGCUUGGACCGGAUGAAUGUGAUUCAGGAUGGGGGCAAGAUUGAUUUUUAUCCCAAAGAUGUUCCUGUAAGUGACGAUGUUAUCAAGACAUCUAAGGCGGAACAUUUGGAGAAGGUUAACGGCGCAGUCGCUCAGCCCGUCUCAUAA